UCAAGCACAGUAAAAUUAUCAUGUACUAUAUGUUGUACAAUACUUUAUUUUAGUUUCUGGCAAUCAGAAAUCCAUGCAAGCAUUGCUCUUUACCAUGUGUUAAAACACUAUAUUGUACUGGACUACCAGACCUUUACUCUAGAAUGACUUUGGGUAACCAACUUAACCUUCCAAAAAUGAAACAUAAAGUCGCAUAAAAUACAUCUACAUUAUUAAAUAAGAAAGCCCGGGAACUUAAUUAUACGAUACUCCACCAAAUAGUGGGGGUGUGGGAGAUGAUGGGGGUCCAGGCAGGGGGUGUUGAAGGCUCCUCGAACUAUUGAGGCAUAAAAUAGGUGGUGAUGAGAACUUGGCAGCAGCAUUUAAUAAACUCCUGGUAACAUUGUCUGUAGGGUUCCACCAAACUGUCUAACUGUUCACUGAGUUUGUCACUGUGAUACAAGCUGGGUUCAGCACUCAUUAAAGCAACCUUGAGUUCUUUAAUGUUGCUGAGAGCUUGUGUCACCUGAUGCUGAGUCAUGCCCCCAUCAGUCUGCUCUAAUAUCGCCACACCACCAACACUAUAACCCUUGUUAAUUUGUAUUUUGCCUUAAUUCAUAUACAAUAUUUUAAAUUAACAAACAAUUUGAAUUUGGAAUGAAUGUGAAAUAACCUCCGAAGGUUGUUUCCUUACAUGUAACAGACUGGCUACUAGACUAAGUGUUACAUGUAACAGUCCAGUUCAUCAUUUAAAUCUAAUGUAGAAUUUUUUUUUCACUGUGGCUGAAUGUCUUGUUGAUGGUACAGUACAAACUACAAAUUGGAUUGAGGUUUCAAGACAGUACAAAAUUUUAAAGUGAUUGGUCAGAUCUUUUACCUCACCUUAAAUGGCUGUUGGCUUUCUUUAUCUUUUGUCAGUACAGUACAGUAACUGUGUUGGAAAACCAGGCAUAUUGGUGUAGAGCAGGACAUAUGGUACCUGUAGUUAUUAAAACAAUUAAGUUGGUUCUUGAGAUUUACAAUAAUUAUUAGCGUUCUCCUAACAACCCAGCUGCUGGUAUUUAAUACAAACCUGAAAAGCAACAUACUGAACUUGGCUUGUUUUGGGGAUUCUCAAACUACUGUAGUAUAGUAUGUGUAAAACUAUUUUGGCCUUUCAUUUGACUGUUUGAAUGUUCUAAAACAUUUCUAAAUGUAUUUCAACACAUCUAGGAAGUACAAUAUCUGAUUUUGGGUAACAAGGCAUUCUUUUAAUAACUGUCUUGCUCAGUCACUUAUUUCCUAAGUACAGUACUCUGUGUAAACAUUGUACUACCAUUAUUUGAGGGUAUUCAGGUGAUUGAAUGUGAAUGUUGAAAUAUUAGCUGUUCCUUUAAUGAUAAAGAUUUCUUUAACAGGUGACUGGUAUUCCAGGGUAUGUCCAUAACUGGAGAUGUCAGAGGGGUGUCCAGAAGAUGCCAUGUGCCAGGUUGUGGUGCCUCAUCUCCAGGUGUGGUUGUUUAUUCAGUCAGGAAGAGUAAGGAUGAGGAAGGUCAUCGACGAUGGAUGACUGUACUGGGGCUAGCUGAUGGACGCUUGGCUGUUCAUGCCUGUCAGAGACACUUCCCAGCAGGAGCACCAACACGCAAUCAUCCAGAUCCUAAUCCCAAUCUGUUUAAUCCGAUACCCAACCAGCCAACACAAAAUGGAUGCUCAUCUCUUGGAUCAGGACCAAAUAUUCCACCAAUCUUCAACACAGCAGCUGAUGGGACACCACUGGGACCCAAUGGCCAGCCUCUCCCUGCUCCAGUUCAGCCACCACCAGGGUCUGUCACCAAGUUAGCACCAAAUGCUACACUUAUUGACUUGAACAAAAUAAAGAAGGAUCAUGACGGAGACAGACCCUUUAGAAUAGAGCAAGUUACUGUACUUAUUGAUGAGGCUGAUGAUGUUAAGGUGGUUGGAUAUGGUCCACGGGACCCUCUGAACACUUCACCCGUGGAACGGAUCCCCGGUCGUCUUGGGAGGCCACGAAAAGUACAGCCGCCACCACCACCAAUGUGGGAUGAUGGAGGAGCGACUGAUGGCUUGGAGGAUAUAGCAACUGAACCAUCCUAUCAUCAGUUUGGGGAUCCAUCGGUUGGUAAUGCCUUGGAGCAGAUGAGACAACUACGCAUUGACUGCAACACCGCUCUUGUCGAUAUGGAUAAACGACAGAUGGUUUAUGCUCAUCGUGCUGUCCUAGUGGCUCGUAGUCCUUACUUUUAUCGACAGAUGUAUCUGCGUAGGAAGAAACUUAAGUACCUGUACCAGUUCUGUCGAUUUACUCUUCCAAUAGAUGUCAAUUUUGAUGUUGUGGAUGCUGUUGUAUCAUAUAUGUAUACAGGUUCCAUGAACACCCUCUGGGGUAAGGGCACUGCCUCCAUCAGGAAAGUUCUCAAUUUAUUUGAAAUGAAGGAAGCCCUGGAGCUGUAUGAUCAAGAGGUGGCUGGAAGAGAGGUAGAGGAAAAGGAACCUCGUCGUGCUAGAAAACGUAUGAGACGUGAGCAUGGAGAAGACAACCUAGAGAAUUUAGUUAUGCCACUUUUGUCUGAAACUGGUGGGCAUGUGGAUGGCGGCGGAGAGGAAGGGUUCCGGGGUGAAGAACGUCGCAGAAGAAGAAAAACUGUUGACCAGGAUGGUGGAGAUGACGUUCAUGGUAAAAUGAAGGUAUCUGUACAGAAGAUUGUAGACAGUGCACUAACCCCAUUCCUUGGAAAGAUUGAGGAGCUCUUUGACCCUUCUGCAUCAACACUUCAGAUUGCUCGAACAUCUCAACACAUAAUAACCCUUUGGCAUGCAGAUAUUUUGCUUACCAAACUGUUUGAUCAGAAUGAUCUGACUAAAUUUUUUUCAGAAGUGAUGAAUGAGGUUCUUGAGAAAAAUAAUCUGAUGAAUCAACAAGGAAGUGGGGACAAUGAAGGAAGUGGAUUCAGUGUGGAAAUAUUAGUCACUCACACUGGAAACCCACUUAUAGAUGAAGCAUAUAAUAAAGCUUCCAUAGGUGACUCAGUUGUACAGGAGGUAGAAACAAUAACAGUGGGUGAUAUGCAGAUUAUUAAUUACCACCAGAUUGAUCCAACACACAUUUCUAAAUAUGUCCAUAUGAUAGCAAUGUAUCGUUAUAGGAUUCGAAUGGGUAGAAAAACAGUAGGGAGGUCAGAUGCAGGUAGUGGAGGCACCGGAGCAGACAGUAAGGAUACCCUCAUGCCUCCAUUACUUGAAGGAGAUGUCUUACCAGAUGACUCGUCCACACCGCAGGACCUUGAUGAUCUUGUGAAUAGGAUGGCAGGAGACGGGGAAGAACUCUUAUCAGGUCCAGGGAGUGCUCUAACACGAGCAUGCUUUCAACAAGUAAGCACAGAUUUGAAACGGAGGGCAGUGUCUGACCUUGAACUGUAUGUAAACCCUUCAUUCCAUGAGGAGUUGAUAAUGCAUAUAAUGGUAGAUCAAGUGGAAGAUCGGGGAAUACUUCCACUAAGUUUAGCCGUCUUUUUGGCCAAAGGUUGCAACUUCUGUCGUAAAAAAGAGUGCAAAGGUGAAGAUUUAACGUUGCCAAUUAGCCCUGACAAUCCUGUUUGCCCCGAUCGACAGUGUAUUAAACGAAACCUCAUAUGUGAAAUGUGUAAUAAGCAAAUGUCAAAUUCAAAGUCAUUAGCAAGACAUAAAUAUAGCUUACAUGAUAUUCAGGUUGGAGAUACAGGAGGGCUUUUCAUAUGUAGUCAUUGUGGUGAAACAUUUAGCAAAAAAUGGAAGCUCAAUAUGCAUGAACGUCAACAUGAAGACCGCAAAUUAGAGGUGGCCUGUCUGAUUUGUGGCAAAGUCAUGCGAGGUGCCAUGGCACUCAAAAAACAUGUCAGUAUGGUUCAUGAAACUAGACCUCAGUUCCAGUGUGAUUUUUGUUCAAAGAGUUUCAAACGGAAAGAGACUCUAAAUGUCCAUCUUCGAAUUCAUACGGGAGAAAAACCAUUCCCUUGUCCUCGUUGUGAAUAUGCAUCAGAAACCAAAGGUAACUUGAAAGCUCAUAUGUGGCGUAAGCACAAGAUACAGUUAGGGGGUCCGUCUGCAGAACAACAAGCAGCAGAAGAACAGGCCAUGGCAGCCACCUUAGUUGCUCAUGCUCACACUCUAGCUGAUGGCUCUUUUAUUAUUGCUCAGGGUGCUGCUCCCCCUGGCACUAUAAUAACUUAAAUUUAACAUCUAUGUUUUCACUUCAAGAAAGGCAUUUAAAUUUUCCAGAGUGGUAGACUUUAAAGUAUGUACAAAUAUUCAUAAUAUAAUAGACUUGAUUAGUGGUUCUAGUAACCUUGUGAUAUAUUUACUGUGAUCACUUUUUAAUGGAAGAUAGAAUUACCUAAAUAUCAUGAAAUUAUUUAGUUUAUAAACAUUUACCAUAUACUGUGAAUAUAAAUUCACAGUACAGUACAAGACAACAAAUUACUGGUCUGGAUUUAUUUAACAUGUGUAAUACUGUAUCUACAUUUAUUAGAUAAAUUUCACACCUUCAUAUUCAGACCAUUUAAGAACUCAACUUACAAUGCCAUAAAUCUGCUGUAUUGGAGGAAGCGAAUUGGCGAAGAUUGGCCACCUCAGCCUAAUGAGUUUUUGUCAAUUGUACAACAUGAUUUUCAUAAAUGUCUUGGUGAAGAAGUGGCCAAAGAUGCUAUGAACUUAAUUUCAGGGACCCAACUAUAUGGCUUUGAAUUGCUUUUCAGUAUAUGCAGUACAGUACAGUACAGUACGUGUGAAUAAGUCAAGUUUUGAAGAAUUAGAUUUUUUUUUAUCCAUGAUGAUAAUGACCAUUAACAGUAUUAAAACAAUUCAGACAUUUUUUUAGAUGUACAGUAGUAAAUUUGUUGGUAAUACAGGGCUCUGUGUCUCUCAGUGGCCUUGGUAGAUGGGUUAAAAUCCUAUUAUAUUUUGUUUUGUAAUGUGUAAAAACUCAUGUAUUCUUCCUUGUAAAAAAUAACUAGUUUCCCCAGAGUCUUAUUCAGUUGGAGAAUUUAUAUUUGUUACAUAAAUAUCUAUGGGAAAAGCAAUAAGAGUCACACAUUCCAUUAGAAGUUAUUCAUACAAGUUGAUAAACUGAUGCUGUAGUGUAAUCAUUAUUUCAUAGUUUUCAUUGUAUGUUGCCCAUAUUCUAAUGUCAAUCCAUAACUAUGAAACAACAUUAUAAUUAUGAUUUUGAGAACUUUUUACUAUUUUUUUAUGUAUGUUAUGUAGAUGGAACCACAUCUUGGACAGUAAGCAUCUGUAGUUGCAAUUCAUUAAUUUCAUAUUGGUUCAUGCAGUAGGCAAUAUUUAAUUUACUGUGUUGUAUGCAGAACUAUCAUGUUGAAAACCGAGAAUUAUCUAAUGUCGAAAUUUAUAAAGAAAUUUAAUUGUUUUGCCAUAAUUCCCUUAUUUUAAAAUUAGUUUUAUUAGUUUCAUAUGUAGAUUGUGUGGGUCAUCUACCAUGUGGUGUAUCAGGCUUCUGGUCAUUCAGAGCAAUACAGCCACACAAGUAGUAGUUUAUUCAUUUUCCAUUGAUGAUUCUUGUCUAUAGCCGCAUAUGUAAUAAAGACUUCAAGGUAGCCUGAAACACAAUGUUGAUGUCUACACAACACUAAACAUUCAUUAUUAUAUUCUAUAUAUCAUUGUUUAUUGCCAGAUCAGCUACUCCCGGUGUCUUCAUGUUACCCAUCUAUGAUUCUCGUUUAUAUACAUUACACUACUUAAUGUGCAAUUCCCCCUGCCCAUUCAGUAAACAUUAUCCCUCAGCUCAUGUGUUAAAUUUACUGCUUAAAGUUCAGCACUUUGCCAUAUGGAAAGGGGUAAGCAUUUACCUUCUUUGACUUUCAGAAUGGUAUAUGUACAGUGGUUGAUAGACAAUAUACAAGAGAGAAAGUACAGUAAUAUAUGGUCAUUGGUACACUUGCAGAUCCAUAAAUGGUAAAUAAAAUUAAUCCAGGGAUUUAAUACUUAUAUUUAAUGCCUUUAUUUUCAUUAUUAUCAUUAGUGUUACUUUUAUACCCACAAAAUUUUUAGAACAGCCAUUAUUAUUAUUAUUAUUAUUAUUAUUAUUAUUAUUAUCAUCAUCAUCAUCACGGCAUUAUUAAUACAGGUACUGUACUUAUCUCCUUGCGAAUGAGUUACAUUCCUGAGGCUUGUUCGUAGAUAAAGGAUGUAUGGUACAGCUGUACUCUACAGAACAGCCUUAAGACCUGGCACUCUGCCUCUUUUUGGCACUGUAUGCUCCAUCGGGCAUUUUCUUCCAAUAUAAUCCAGCAUCAUCCACAUUAAACACCUUCUAUGACAGGUAACCUCUCUCAUCAACGAUGAUUUAUCUCUGAAUGUUUGUAGGUAGAGGGGCAACUGUACUGUAGUAGUAUUUUAUUAUUAUUACUAAACAGUACAGUACUUUAUUAUAAUUGUUAUUAUUAUUAUCAAUAUUGUCAUCAUCAUGAUUAAU